UAAUUUUUGUCGUCAAAACAUUAUGCAGUUGUGUAACUUUUCUGUUGCUUCUUCAACAGGAUUAACAUUUACAACACAUCAGUGCAGCCUCAAGGCAAAAUGUCUCUUUUGCGUGUUUGUUGUACUAGAGCAAAAGGUUUUGUAAACAGAGGAUUGUUUUUAAAGUCGACUUUUACAGCAAGUCAUAGGACAGCAGGAUAUGCAUCUGGUGGGGUGGCCAAAGAUAAGAAUCCGUUAAAGAAAGCGAAAACACCCCAAGGACGCUUUGACAUGGACGAAACUGAGCCAAAAUCUAAAGACGCCCUUGAAAGAUUUCCAGAUGAUGUGAAUCCAGAGACUAAAGAAAAAGGUGGUCCCAAAGGCCCAGAACCUACACGAUAUGGUGACUGGGAGAGAAAGGGCCGUUGUAUUGAUUUUUAGGUCACUGUGUUAACAAUAUUCAAAGUUAAUAAUUUAUACAUUUAAAUGUGAUUAAUCACCAUUCUGAGAUACAAAAGAGAUCAUUUCUGGACCAGAAAUUGUGUAUCUCCCUCCCUUAUUGGCAUCAACCUAUUAGCAUAGGAGUACUGCUUAAAACUGCUUAAAACUUUAGUGAGCAACUUGAGAAGACUCAUUACUUUAUUUGUAAUUAUUGCAGUCUAUUUUUUUUCCUAUUGGAAGUAGGGCACUGUAUAACAUGAGUGUCUGCACAGCCUGUCUGGUUUGUUCAAAGAAUAAACUUAUUAAAAGAUUUUUGGGAUCACAUUUCAAAUAUUUGUUGAAAGUUUAGUAAGAGGUUUUAGGAUACCUAUUUAUUUGGUAUGUAGCAUCAAUGUUCGUAUUUGUUUUGUGAAUAAAAUACAAAUAAA